AUGCUUUUUCGGGUGGCAAAGGAGAAUCACGUUCAGAUUGAUGACAUUCUAUCAUUUUGCGAAUGGAUUAAGGCGGAGAGAGGCAACGGGGAUGGCCCGGCGUCGGAUUCAUUUUCGGAGAUACCUGGAGAGAUAAAGGAGAAGCUGAAGAGUCUGUUGAGAAUGAAUCCUACAGCAAAUGAGACAAUUAGGAAAAUAUGGGCAAGCCGGUUCACAUUCCAUUCCAUGGUGAAGCAGGAGGCGGUCCUAUCGUAUCUCGAGCAUUUGGAGGAGGAUGGAAUUGGUGAUGGUGACAACGGCCAGUCUAUCAGUUAUGAUUAA